UACAACCGAGUUAUGUGGCAUAUCCGAUCGAGUAUGCAAGCCCUCAGCUUCCACUCGCGCCAAGGAUGCACGCGAGCUCUGGCGCUGGAUACGCCUCUUCCGGAAGCUGGUCGGCUAAUAGUUCCUCGAUACCAGGCCCGUCAACCGGACAUCAAGUCGCUCCUGGACGACAGACGGGAAGCAGCGCCGAGUACGAGGUUCCUUGUCCGUACGACUGUGGGACAGUGCUGACCGGCGUGCAUGCUGUCGGCAACAUGACUCGACAUCUCAAGUCGCAGAACUGCAUUGGUUCAGGAAAAGAUAAGACGAAAUACGUUUGCCCUAUACCGGGCUGCGACAAGCGGUACAUUCGAUCUGAUGGGCUCAAGGUUCAUCUCCGGAAGAGACACAACAUUUCGCACCCACCAGACAGGAACGGUGGUUCUGAGUACGAGGGAAGUGGGUACAGUUGAUGUGAGCGGUGGGUUAUGGUUCAAUCUCUACUCUGUGUUUGGCGUUCUGUUCGCUGGUGUUGGUGGUUGAUAAUGGCGGAGGGUCUUCUUCGACUGGAGCGCUGCUCAGCUUGCAGUGUUGUUAGUGUGCACGGCAUACCGACUUUCGAUCAAUGGUAUUGCUCGACCGAAGGUCAGUUGGGAAGACUGCUCUUGAUGUUUCGUUGGUCUCGUUCGGUGGGUGGCGCUCUGAGUUGCAUUGUAGACGCAUGAGUCAUGGUGUCAGGAAACGGGCCUUUUGAAGCGUGCUCGCGUCGCAUUGAGUCGGUCGGUAUGUGAAGUGAUGGUGACAGAUUGGG